UUUAAUUUUGUGGCUUUUUCUAGUAAACAGCUGAUGCUGUUUAUAAUUUGUACCAAGUUAAUAAAUUUCACCUUUUAAUGAAAGUGGCGUAAUUAUUACAUAAAAAUUAAGAUACAAUGGCAACAAAAAAGUCAGAUUUUGAUGAGCUUCUGCCGGACCCCGGUUCGGAGCGUAGAGUUAUGCUUUUCGGCCGGGACCUAAGCCAGAUUCCCUGCUUCCGCAGCAGUUUUUUGUACGGCAUAAGUAUCGGAAUGGCCACUAGCUUUGCUGCUUUUAUGAGGACGUCCCGACCCCAACUGUCCACGCACAUAGGCUUCGGCACCUUCAUGGGGACCACGUUGUGCUAUUGGUUCACGUGCCGCUAUAAGUGGUCUAAACAGGAAACUGACGUUGCACUCCUGCAGAAACUUAUGCAACAACAAGCAAUGUAUGAGGGAACGGAGAAGGAAAGAGAGCUGGAUCGCAAAACUGAUUCGGCGUAAAAUAUACUUAUAGUAGAAAUAAAAAUUUAGACUACUUUCUGUUUUAACAA